AUGGGGGCUCGGUGGUACGUGUCACCCAUCUUCCCAGGACCCCCGCUGGGGCUGCUACUGCUCCUGACCAUGACGGCCCUGGAGAGCUCCUCCCUGCGUCUCUUGGGCUACCCGAAGCCCGUCUGCUCCCAGCCGGGGCUGAACUGCAGUGUCAAGAAUAGUACCUGCUUGGAUGGCAGCUGGAUCUACCCUCAAAACCUGACCCCCUCAUCCCCCAAAAAUGUCAUCACGCAGCUGAAAUUUGCCCACACCCAUGAUGGAGAUCUAGUCCCUGUGGUUUUCAUCGAAUGGACAUUGCAGACAGAUGCCAGCAUCCUCUUCCUGGAAGGUGCAGAGCUCUCUGUCCUGCAUCAAGGCACCAAUGAGCAUCUGUGUGUCAAGUUUGAGUUCCUCUCCAGAUUGACGCAUCAUCACAAACGGUGGCAUUUUAACUUCAGCCAUUUCGUGGUGGAACCUGGCCAGAAGUAUGAGGUGAUCGUGCACCACCUGCCCAAGCCCAUCCCCUUUGGGGACCCAAACCACAAGUCCAGAAACUUCUCUGUGCCUGGCUGCAAGCACCCCACGAUGAAGAUCACCACACCAUGUGUGAGAAUAGGCAGCUUGUGGGAUCCCAAUGUCACACUGGAGAAGCUAGAAAACCAUCAGUUGGUGGUGAGCUUCACCCUGUGGAACGAAUCCAGCGACUAUGGUAUCCUGCUGACCAGUUUUCCGCACAUGGAGGACCACUCUUGCUUUGAAUCCAGAAAGCAUAUUCCCGCGCCCAGCCAGGAGAAUUUCCAUCGGCGCUGCAAUGUCACACUGCCUCUCAGCAACUUCAGUGGAUGCUGCCAUCAUCAAGUGAAGAUCCAGCCUUUCUUCAGCAGCUGUCAGAACGACUGCCUCAGAUACACCGUGAGCAUGCGCUGCCCAGAAGUUCCAGUUAUUUCAGAGUACAUGCCGCUGUGGGUGUAUGGGAUCAUCACUGGUGUCGCCAUCCUGCUGGUGGGCUCCGUCAUCCUGUUCAUCCUCUGCAUGACUUGGAAGCUGUCUGAUGCUGUGCCGGCAGCUGACCUGAAGCCUCCAUCCCUGAAGCCACGGAAAGUGUGGAUCAUCUACUCAGCUGACCAUCCCCUCUACGUGGAUGUGGUCCUAAAGUUCGCCCAGUUCCUGCUCACUGUCUGUGGCACCGAGGUGGCCCUUGAUCUGCUGGAGGAACAGGUUAUCUCCGAGGUGGGAAUCAUGACCUGGGUGAGCCGUCAGAAGCAGGAAAUGGUUGAAAGUAACUCCAAAAUCAUCAUCCUGUGCUCGCGAGGCACCAGGGCCAAGUGGCAUGCCAUCCUUGGCUGGGAGGAGCCUGCCAUCCAGCUGCGGUGUGACCGCUGCAAGCCUGCUGGGGACCUUUUCACGGCAGCCCUGAACAUAAUCCUUCCAGACUUCAGGAAGCCAGCCUGCUUUGGCACUUAUAUCGUCUGCUACUUUAGUGGCAUCAGCAACGAGGGUGAUAUCCCCGACCUCUUCAACAUCACUUCCAGGUACCCACUCAUGGACAAAUUUGAGGAGGUGUACUUCCGCAUUCAGGACCUGGAGAUGUUUGAACCCGGCCAGAUGCACCGUGUUGGGGAGCUCACAGGGGAAAACUACCUGCAGAGUCCUAGCGGCUGGCAGCUCAAGAAAGCCAUGGAGAGAUUCCAGGAGCAUCAGAGUCAGUACCCUGAUUGGUUUGAGCUGGAGAACCUCUGUUCAGCUGAUGACCAGGACCUGCCGUCCCUGGAUGAAGAGGUGUUUGAGGAGCCGCUGCUGUUAUCAGAAAGAGGGAUCGUGAAGCAAAAGCCCCUCAUGCGGGAGCCUGCCUCCAAGGACUGUCUGGUGAUGGAUCUGCUCAUUGACAAAGAAGAAAGAAGAGUCUCGAGGCUAGAACCUCAGAUGCAACUCCAGGGAGAGCUGGCAUCCCAGACCCUUCAAACGAUGGUGCUCCCUGUGGAGAGGGUCCCUCCCGCCCAAGCAGUGCAGCCCACGCCUCUCCCUGAUGGGAGCAGCACAGCCAGCCGGCUGGACAUGGUGGAGGAAGGUGAGGCCUACCCAUUGUUGGAGGCCCCUGGCCCACAGCGAAACAAUGUCCUUUUCCUCCCUGUGGAUGCAGAGGCCUCUCCUCUCUGCAGCACUCCAAUGGUGUCACCCAACCACCUCCCAGAUGAGGUAAGGGAGCAGCUUGAGGGCUUGAUGUUCUCCCUUUUUGAGCAAAGCCUGAGUGGUCAGAUCCAGGAGGUCCUCAAAGACCCCCACACGCCCUAUGAGGAGGAACAGAGGCAGUCAGUGCAAUCCGACCAGGGCUAUAUCUCCAGGAGCUCCCCACAACCUCCUGAUGGACUUACUGAAAUGGAGGAAGAGGAGGAAGAGCAGAACAUGGGAACAACAGCUGAACAGCUCUCUCCUGAGGACCUGGAGAACUUGAGGAGCCUCCAACAACAGCUCUUCUUCCAAGAGCUUCAGAAGAGCUCUGGCUGGGACAGUGUGGAACCGGAGAGGCUGCCUGAAGAAUGGCAGGCAUCCUUGUAG